AUGCCGCGGGCCGAGCAUGCCCCGGCCGGCAGGGGGCGCGCCCGCCCGGGCCUGGGUCGGCGGGGGGUCCGUCUGGAGCCGGGGUGUCUGUCCGGGGCCGGGGUCCGUCCGAGGUCUGUCCAGAGUCGGACAGAUCCAGGAUCUGUCCGGAGCCGGCGCUGGUCGGGGGCCUGCCCGGCGCCGGGGUCUGUCCGGAGUCGGGCGGGGUCUGUCCGGGGUCGGCCCGGCCUCCGCGCGCUCUCCGGGAUGGCGCGGCGAAGAGCCGCGGAGCCGGCCGAGCGGCGGCUUAUAAGGCGCUUCCCUUCGCGGGCGGCGCGGUCGCCGACGUCGAGGCCGCGGCCGCGUCCGCCUUCCCCGCCUCCGGGCGAGAGGACGCGCCAAGCGGAGGUGGGGGGGGCCUGGCCUCAGCACCCCGCGCCGCCUCCCGAGCCCGCGCUGCUGGGGCCGCGGGGACCCCCGGCCGCCUGGAGGGGCGGAAACCCGGGCGCCGGCCCCGCCCCGCCCGCCCCCUCCCUCCCUCCGGGCCCCGAGCCGCCGGCCGGGACCGGACGAGACUGGGCAGGGAGGGCGGGCCCCCGGGGAGACUUCUCUCUUUCCGUUUCUCGAUCCUCGGAAACUGUCGGGUCGGGGGGCUGCGCGCCCCACCCGACCCGCGGGGGUGGAAGCUGCACGUGUGCCGGGAGGGGGGCGAGGGCGGGGCGCACCCGCUCCGGGGACCCGGCGCCGGUGCUGUCGGCCAGGUUCUCGUCUGCGCGCCGCCCGCCCAUCCACCCUGGGCCGGGCCGGAGGCCGAAGCCGCCCGCCCCGCGUCCCCCGCGCAUUCCAGUCGCGCCACCGCCCGGCCACGGCGCGGACGCGGCUGGGGACAGAUGGGGACGAGGCGGGACAGACGACGCGGCAGGCCCGGGCCAGCCAGCCACAGGGUCCCCCCAAAAGGAGAGUGGACCCCCUGCUAAGAAGUGGGACGGGCCGGCGGUGGGAAAGGGUCCCCUCGGAAAGAGCGUCCCCGCGUGA